AUGCAGCCCGACGACCUCGAGAUAACCCAAAGGGCCAUGGGCCGCAUCUACCUUGAAGAGGACCCGACGAUUCAGCAAUGGCUCGCCACCUUGAUACCGACCAAGCAAGGUGCGAUUGGAUACGCUCUCGCGCUGUUCCCCUGCGUGGGGUGGGUGCCGCGCUACAAUCUGCGCUGGUUCAUGGGCGACGUCGUGGCAGGCAUGACUGUCGGUCUCGUGGUCGUUCCGCAGGCCCUAGCGUAUGCUCUUCUUGCCAAGCUGACUCCAGAACCACGGCAAUCGGGUCUCUUCUCGUGGGCUCCACGGUCACGGCCGUGGAAGAAAAGCAACCUGGGGUAUACACAGCAGCGGAAGUUGCAGCCUCUUUUGUCACUCAUAUCCGGCAUGAUCCUGCUGGCGAUCGGCCUACUCCGCUUCGGCUGGGUUGUUGAUUUCAUUCCGUACACGUCCAUCUCUGCAUUCGUCACAGCAGCGGCUAUCACCAUUCUGUCAACACAGUUUCCAGUAGCACUCGGCAUCCGAGGCAUCAAUACGAGGGAGGCGCCAUACAAGGUCAUCAUCAACACACUUAAGAAUUUGGGACAUACCGAACUUGAUGCAGCCAUCGGACUGACAUCUAUCCUCCUCCUCUACCUCAUCAAGACUGCGUGCUCUCAGCUUGAGGUCCGGAAACCUAAGAGGAGGCGCCUUUGGAGCAUUAUAUCGUCUCUACGGUUCACCUUCGUUAUCGUAAUGUUCACUAUCAUCAGCUAUCUUGUCAACUAUAAGCUGCCUCGGGAUGAAGCCAAGUUCCGCUUAGUAGGCAAUAUUGAAGCAGGUUUCCGUCAUGCUGGCAUUCCCCGCUUCGACAGCGAACUCACCAUCCUCAUUUUGCCCAAGCUCCCAGCCGUCCUCAUCGUUCUAGUCAUUGAGCACAUUGCCAUAGCCAAGUCGUUCGGCCGCAUGUUUGGGUACACCGUCACACCUUCGCAGGAAAUCAUGGCACAGGGCAUCGCCAACCUCUUUAGCCCUUUCAUCGGUGGCUAUGUUUGUACCGGGUCAUUCAGUGCCUCGGCCGUGCUGUCUAAAUCUGGUGUGCGAACGCCACUCGCGGGCGUUGUGAGCGCGCUUGUUCUUGUUCUGGCCUUGUACGUCGUCACAGCAGUCUUCGCCUUCAUUCCAAAGGCUGUACUUGCGGGCCUCAUCAUGCAUGCGACCAGCAACCUGUUGACAACGCCGAAAGCGCUGAAAAGGUACUGGCAGCUCUCGCCGUUUGAGCUGCUCAUAUGGAUUGUCGGGCUCGUGGUAGCGCUGUUUGAGUCUCUAGACAUGUCCAUCUACGUCACCACAGGUCUGUCGCUAGGCCUGCUGCUUGUGAGGAUGGCGCGAACGCCUGGAUCGUUUCUCGGUCGCGUUAGGAUUCACCUUGUGCCUGCAGAUGAUCAAGUAGUGUCAGCGUCUCAUCCGCCCGAAGGGGACGCGCCGAAAGCGAAGACAGCAGCAAACAUACCGGGAGAGGCAGCCAUCAAAUCCUUUGACACGUACUUUUCCACGCAGCGGGACGAAGGCUUCAACCCCCGGGUACCCUUGGAAACCCCCUACCCGGGCAUGUUCAUCUACCGCUUCCCGCAGACACUCAACUACACCAAUCAGGGGCAGCAUGUGGACUUGAUUUCCAGUUACAUCACGUCCCACACUCGCCGCACGACCCCAGAAGAUCCUUCCAUCAAGCCAUCGGACCGUCUGUGGAACGUCCAGGAGCCCCGUCCAAACAAAGACUCGGGUUCUGCAUCCAUGUUGUUUGAUGACGCUUCGUCCAGUCUCGGCACCACACACAACGACCACCUCCCACGUCUCCGCACCAUCAUCUUCGACUGCUCAGCCGUCGAUAGCAUCGACAUCACGAGCGUCCAGGGCCUCGUCGAUCUCCGGACGACGCUCGCCCGCCACGCGGCGCCAGGCGUCGUCGAGUGGCAUUUCGCCGGGGUGCGCAAUCGCUGGGCGAGGCGCGCUCUGGCCGUCGCGGGCUUUGGCCACCCUUCGAACACCGACGGGCCAGUCUCGUCGGCGCAGUGGACGCCGUGCUAUGCUGUCGCUGGGUUGCCGGCGGACAUUGGCGGGGACCAAGGCGUACAGUCUGGGGACGAAGAGAAGAGCGACGGGACGCUUGUCGAAAGCGGUGCUGACGAAGACGACGCGAGUGUUACAGGGUUUCAGCCUGUCGUUGGUGUCAAUAGGCCGUUCUUCCAUGUGGGUUUGGCAGAAGCGGUGAAUAUUGCUGUGAGGAGUGCAACGAUCAGAAACCAGCGGUCCAGGGGCGACAUUUGA